AUGAGUGAUAACGAAGAUAAAUCAACAACACUUGGAAAAAUAGGUUUACUGGCAAAUAAUCCAUUAGUUGCAGAUUCGAAUGAAUUACAACAAAUAGAAUCCACAACAAAUAUGAAUAAUGAUACUAGUAAAGUAACAACUAAUGAUGAUGUUGACAAUGAAGAUAAUGAAAAAAAAACGAAUGAUCUCAUCAAAGAUUUACAAUCAGAAUCAAUAACACCUGAUGAUAAUAAUUUUCUUUCUGGAAGAUUAGUUACAGCUGGUCCUUUAACUAAUGAUCAAGAUAAUAGUUCGACACCGAAUAUAAUUGAUCCAUCAGUAAAUCAUAUUAAUCAAGGUCCAAGACGAUCGAUGAGUGAAUCAGUUCUUAUUGAUCACCAUAAUCUAAUUGAACAAUCAUCACCAUUACCUAUUCAACAAGAUGCAAGUUCAAUUGAUGGUGAUGAUCUUGGUAAUCUUCAAACAGAAACAAAUAAUACUGGUAAUGAUGAUUCUACUAAUCCAAUUCAACAGGAUUUAUCAGCACAAGAACAAGAAAAUAAUACAAAUCGUACAAUGGAUAAUGAACCUUUCCAUUCAAAAACAGAAACUAUUAGUGAUAGUGAACGACCAUCAAGUGCAACGAAACAUGAUAUUCUUGAUGAAACAACACAUUUGGAUACGACGUCACCUAAGCCAUCAACAUCAAGAAUACAAUCUGCAUCUAGUAAACGAUCACAACCAAUUUUUGGUGAUGAAAAACAAGUUGAAUUACCUAAUGAAAGUGAUACCAAGACAGAUGAUAAUAAUAAAGAAGUAGAACCUAUUGUUCGACCUUUAUCACGAACUAAAUCAAGUUCAUCAACAUCUAAUGAUUUACAUAAACCAUUAACAGAUGUUGAAUUACAACGACCACAAUCACCAUUUGUUGGUGAACAAGCUCAACCAUCAUCACGUAUAACAAGUCCACAAAUAACAAAAAAUGACACAAAUAUAUUAACUAUUGAUCAAUCUUCUCCAUUGAAUGAUCAUGAUGAAGAACAAAAACAAACGUUUGAACCAUCAACAGUUACAAUUUCAUCAGCAUCAAGACGAGGAAGUACAAAUAAAAUUGAUCAACAACAAACAUCACGACCAUCAAGUGCUAUUAAAUCUAAAGUUAAUGAUAAUUCUUCGGAAUCAUCAACAACGAAAUUAAACAAUGAUUUUACAAUAACAAAUGAAGAAUUAAAAUUAAUAAAACCUGGCGAACAACUUCAAAUACCAACAAAUGAUAUUGAUAAUGAACAAGAUAAUAGUCCACCACCGUCACCAUCAGGUAUUAAACAGAUGAUAACAGCAAAUCCUGUCUUAGCAAGUAGUCUUGUUACAACAGAUCAAGAUCGUUCUCGACCAUCAAGUGAAAUAAAUCGUAGAGGUUCAGCAUCAAAUUCAAUUAGUAAUGAGAAAGUUAUUGAUGGUGAUGUUGUUGCAUCAAGAAGUCGACCAGCUAGUAAUGCAAGUCAACAGCAACAACAAACAACUAUUAUUGAUCAAAAACCAAAUUUACCUUCAAGUCGUAAAGGAAGUGCUGCAUCUGAACAACAAGUAUUAAGUAGACGAGGAAGUGUUGCAAGUCAACAGCAACAACAAACAACUAUUAUUGAUCAAAAACCGAAUUUAUCUUCAAGUCGUAAAGGAAGUACUGCAUCUGAACAACAAGUAUCAAGUAGACGAGGAAGUAUUGCUGAUGAACAAAAACCUAUUAGUCGACAAAAUUCAUCGGAUCAACAAGGAAAAACAUUAUCAAGCAAACCAUCUAGUCGAAAAACAAGUUUAAUCGAACAACAACAAGUUCCUAGCCGUCGACAAAGUCAACAACAAUCAGUUACAGAUCGAGAUAAACAAUUAUCUAGUUUUCGUCGCGCAAGUUCUACAAAACAAGAACCAACAGUUACUAAUAAUGAUACAAAAGACAAUCGUCGUUCAUCAACAGCUAUUGAUGUUCCUCUUCGAGCAUCACCUAAACAAAAACAAGAACGUAUUUCAUCAAAUGAUAAACGGCAAUUAUCAUCACCAAAACAUUCUGGACAACAAUCAAUAACAACAGAUCAAACUACAAUUACUCCGAUAACAAUGGAUUCAAAACAAUCUCAACAACAAAGUGAAAAACGUUCAUCAAUUAUAGAUUCUGAUUAUGAACAGUUAAAUACUUCAAAAUUACCACGAGUUAGUUCAGCAUCACAACAAGAUCAAUCUGAUCAUUCUGAAAUUAAGCAAUUAUCAUCAUCAACUACAACAACACCUAGAGAAAAUAAUCAAACAUCACAAUUGAUUAAACAAGUUCAUGUUCCAUCACUUCAAAUAACUGAUGAUGAAACUCCAUUACCAAGACCACUAUCACCAAAUGCUGAACAAAUUGCUGAACAUAAUCAAAGUUCAAUAAAAAAUAAAAAACAAAAUACUAAUGAACAAAAAAAGGAAAAACAACAUCGAAGUAAUAGUGCGGAAUCACUUAAUUAUAUUCCACUUGUUGAUGAUAAAUCAAUUGAUUCAACAUCAGAUGUUAAUACAGAAGAUGGACAACAAAAACGACGACGUAUUAGAUCGAAAAAAAAAGAUGUUGAAACUAAUACAGAUCACAAAAUAGAUUUAAAAAAACAACAAGAAUCAAUUUCUCAAAAACCUGUAAAAGCAACGAAACCAAUAUCGAAUAAUCUUCAAAGCACAAAUCGUCGUCGUUCAACAACAAAAGAACGAACAUCAACAUCAACACUUGAUACAGAACUUGAUUCCGGUAGACAUAUUGUUCCACGUUCAGUUAAAAAAUCUGAUAGUGAUAUUGAACCAGUUAAUGUUAAUUUAACUGUUCUUGUUAAAAAUUUAACUGAUCAAGAUAAUAGUGAAACGUCUCAAACAACACCUAAAGAAAAACCACAAAAGAAACAAAAUAUAAUUAAAUCAUCGACCGAUUAUGAUCGUCAUACACAAUCGGAUACGGAACAAAUUAUAAGUGAAAAACAAAAAAAACAUCGUCGACCUAAACGUAUAUCACGUACAACACAAACAUAUGAAUGUGUUUUUCGACGUAUGGAACGUGAACAACACGAAGAAUUACGUCCAACAAAUGAUACAGAUAAAAAUAUUCAAACACGAAAAUCACAAUUAUGUCCAAAACCAAAAUCACCAAGAAAACAUUAUCCAGCUUAUCUAUCAACUGAUGCAUUCAAAAUUGAAGAAAUUUUACCAAAACAAUUUCCUCAAGUUCAACGUAGUACAUCAAAAACAUCAAUGGUUGCUCGAAGUAUUUCACCACAAAGUGGUAAAUUAUUAAUUCUUCGUCCAACACUUCCUUUUCAUCAUACUGAUGCUGUUAAUGUACAACGUGUAUGUCUUCAAUAUGCUAUUGAUUUAAUUCCUAAUGAAAACAAGUUAAAUGAUUCACCAUAUGCUCAACGACAUAAAUCAAAUGCUCUUAAACAAUCUGAACACACAACUAAUUUACCUAUGAUACGUUCAUCGUCACCAGCAACAAAUAAAUCAAAUACUAAAGAUAAACCAACUUCGAAUAGAACUGAAGAUCGUAGUCAACAACGUAAAAAUGAUGGUGCUGUUUAA